AUGGAUCUUGACAUGGACGACUACAUAGACCCCUACGAGGAGGCCGAGGCGGACGCUGCCGCGGCCGAGGACGACUCCGACGACCCCAACGAGGACGACUCGGAUAUGGAGAGCGACUACGAGGAGAAGUCGUUCGGCCUCCUCAAGUCCGGCAAGCACCGGGUGCGCAACCCGGACGGCACCUUCCGCUGCCCCUUCUGCCCCGGCAAGAAGAAGCAGGGGUACAAGAUCAAGGACCUCCUCCAGCACGCCGACGGCAUCGGCGUCUCCAGCAAGCACCGCCGCCACGGCCGCGAGCGCGCCAACCACCGCGCCUUCGCGCGCUUUGUCCGCACCGAUCCGGACUUCGCGGAAGACCUCGUCGGUAUCACUGGCAUUCAAGGUGCCAUUACAACCACCCCUGCUGAUCAGAAUGGCAGCGCCAAUGGCGAUGGGAAGGCCAAGGUUAAUGGAGAUACUGCUGGAUCCAGUUCCGUGGCGGUGAAAGUGGGUCCGCCGCAGGAGGUUGAGAGUGGAUUCAAUGACGCGCUUACGCUUGAGAACCAUUUCGGCAUCAAUAAGCUAGGGAAGAAGGAAUUUGAGACGAGAGAUUGUGGUCUAGGCUCCUCGGAGGGAGAUGGCAGCGAAGGUGAGGUCAAGGUUUAUGGGUGGGUUGCCCGAGCUGAGGACUAUGAUGCAACGAGUGUGGUAGGAAGAUUCUUGAGAAAGCACACCGUCCUGAAAACAAUAGAUGAGGUUUCCAAGACUGAAUUAGAGAAAUCAGGGGAGAUGGUGGCAAUACUGGCAUCCCAGAUCGAGGAAAAGAACCGAUACUUGCAGGAUUUGGAGACAAAGAAGAAUGCAACAGAACUCUCAAUCUCAAGGCUUGAGGAGGACAACAGGAAACUGCAUGAGGCAUACAAUGAAGAAAUGCGCAAUCUUCAUCGCAGGGCUCGAGAAAAUGCUCUUCGGAUUUUCCAAGAGAAUGAAAACUUGAGGAUUGACUUAGAAAAUAAGAGGAGAGAACUGAACUUACGAGCUAAGGAUCUUGAAAAAAUGUCAGCUGAGAAUGCUAAUGACAGGAAGACACUCGAUGAUGAGAAGCAGAAGGCAAAAUAUGAUAAUAGUGAACUUGAGCUAGCUAGCAUAGAGCAGCAGAGGGCUGAUGCAGAUGUUCUGAAGCUAUUGGCCGACCAGGAGAGGGAAAAGGAAGAUGUACUUGCUAGAAUGCUUCAGCUAGAAAAGGAGCUGCAUGAGAAGCAGCAGCUUGAGCUCGAAGUAGAACGGUUGAAUGGUACACUCCAAGUGAUGAAACAUUUAGAGGGAGAUGAUGAUGGGGGAGAUAUCCAUGAGAAGAUGGAGAAGCUGAGUGUAAGAUUUGAGCAUGAAAAGAAGCGCCUGGAGGAUUUGAGUGGGGAUCUCGUGAGAAAAGAGCGUGAAAGUAAUGAUGAGCUACAAGAAGCCCGAAAAGAACUGAUAAAGGGUUUGGAGGAAGAGCUAAAUGGGCGGACAGCUAUUGGGAUCAAAAGAAUGGGGGAACUCGAUGAAAAGCCUUUCCUAAAUGCAUGUAAGAGAAAAUAUGGAAACAAUGAAUACCAGGUCAAAGCAGCAGAGCUAGUCUCAAAUUGGCAGGAUGAACUAAAGAAGCCAUCCUGGCAUCCUUUUAAGAUGGUUGAGGUUAACGGAGAAAAUAAGGAAGUUCUGGAUGACGAUGAUACAAAACUGAAGUUCCUGUGGAUCGAGUUCGGCGAUGAUGUGUGCAAUGCGGUGAAGACCGCACUGAUGGAGAUAAAUGAGUAUAACCCAAGCGGGAGGUAUGUUGUCCCCGAGCUCUGGAACUUCAGGAAAGGCCGGAAGGCGACGAUGAAGGAGGUGCUCAAGUACCUGUUCAGUCAGAUUGACACGACGACCAAGCGCAGGAGGGGCUGA